AUGGCUGAUCCCCAGCUGGAACUUCUGUGUCUGGGUAUUAUGCUCCCAAAUAAACAAAGGGAAGGCCCCCGGCUCUGCACAACCCAGCAGGACCCCUUUGAACAUGGUGGUUCUUCCCAGAGGCCAUCAGUGGACUACCUGAAGGACUGUUCAUGGCAUAAACUUUUGAGCAACAGAGCAGUUGUCUGGGAUAAUGUCUAUACACAUCUCACAAGGGACAACGGCAGCUUGAGAAUUCGGCACUGCUCCCAUCCCCAUGUUGCUGGAAUCAGCCAGGAAGAUUCAGGAAACAAUCUGCAAGGCCAAGCCAAGGACUUACUCUACUCCUCAGUUCAUCAUCCCUUUUACCCCAAAGCCAAUAACCAGGACUUCAUCUCCUUUACAAGGAAGCGAGUUGGGGUGGACCGGGCCUAUCCACUGAAACCCAUGUACCAUUGGAAAUCUCACGGUACAGGAGAGAUGUACAAUUUGAGGGAUCAAAACGACUCUUUGAGAUCUCUGGAACCAAAAAGGUUUUCCUACAGCAAAGUUAGUUUACGGGACCAGGUAACUUCACCUGUCUUUGACCCCAUUCUCGUUGAGAGCAUCCCGGCAUACCGCCAGAGAGCUGAUCGGAUGCAGAUGCAAAGAUUGGAAGCUGUAGGGGCAAGCUUACAGGAGGAAAUCCGAAAAAAAGAGAAUCUUCUGAAGGAAAAGCUAAAGAAGACAGUGGAAGAACUCAGAAGGAUCCAGAAGGAAAGGGAGCAGGCCAAGGAAAAGGAGAAAAGAGAAAAGUGGAGAAUGUCACUCCCCAAGAGGACGGUUAAAAGUAACAGAACCACCCUACGUAGGCCUGUCUUCACUCCAGUAUCUGGGCCUGAAGAGAUGAGUAGUAGAUAUAGGAGAGAAGAUGAAAGUUGGCAACAGUCUCAAGAAAAUUCUAGUGCAUUCCAGUUUUCUGAUGAUAAACUCCAAAGGCAUAAAAGGGACAGACUGGUGGCAAGCAAUUACAAAAUCCAGGACCAUGUCUCAGGGCCACUGAUGGAUGCCAUGUACUCUCAGUCUUCAGAAACGUCAGGUGGUGGUAGGCAGGGGUCCUGCUGCAACUCCAGCCCUUCCAGGGCAUCAGACUUUUCCAGCUUGGGCUGCUGCACUGAAGAACCAGAGCUGGGUGAAUGCAGCCACUGUAGACGCAGGUUUCUCCUGUCCCGGCUCGAGAGGCACUCGAACAUCUGCAGCAGGAUGCAGGCUUCCAAGAGGAAAGUGUUUGACUCCUCCAGGGCACGGGCCAAGGGCACCGAACUAGAGCAGUACUUGAACUGGAAGGGAACCGAAGCUUUCAUCAAGGUUGAGCCUCCUCCCAAGAACAACUGGAGACAGAAGCACGAGUCCUUCAUCCGCACCCUCCGCCAGGCCCGGCAGAUCCAGCAGGUCAUUGACAAAGGGGGAAACCCCUCGGAGCUGCCCCCCAUCGCCCCCGUGGAGAACCCCGACUACAUCCAAUGUCCCCACUGCAGCCGUCACUUUGCACCCAAGGUGGCCGAACGGCACAUUCCCAAGUGCAAGACCAUCAGGAACCGUCCCCCACCUCCAAGGAAGCACUGCAGCUGAGCAAAGAAGAGCAGAAACCCAGAGUUGGGAGGACGCUGUUUCUCCUCUGCAGAAAACUGCGGUAGAAUAAUUUGAGGAACCGUGGAAAGAGCUGAAACGUUACACUCCCACAUCUGUCUGCAGAGCGAAAGCCACUAAGCAGGGAGGGCUGCUAAGAAGAGGCAGAGGGGGUCUGGGCUUUCUCUGCACAUACCCCUACUUGCAGGCUGCUGUGCUGUUUCUGCCCUAAGGGGCAGUGAAAAUGCCCACCUGGCCUGUCAGCCAAAGAGCUGCCACACUAAAGCUCUCUCCAGUGCAGGCCUACUUGUGCUGUAUUCCUGCCAGUGCUUCGGUAGCUUCGUAUGCUGGUGGCUGGGUUUAACUUUUCCCACUCCAUAAGAUAAACUGGGGUCAGAGGAUCAAGCUCAUCCUGGGGGUAUCACUUAUAAAAAGAGAAUAAGCUUUUGCUGCAAGGCCAGUGGAAGCCUUUGAUCUUCCGGGUGCAUGGCCUGGCGUAGAUCCAAGGCUGAGAUGCUGGU